AUGGUGCGUAGAUCUGCCAGAUUGAGAGAGCAGGAGGCCCAGGAGGCUAUUCCGGAGCCCAAAAAACAAAAGACCGAGGCGAAAAAGCCGGCUGCCGGCAAAUUGAGUGAGGAGAAGAAGCCAGUGGAAAAAAAGGAGGCUAACAAAGUGGAGUCAAAGAAAACACUACAAGAAGGGGACGUGCUUCCUGACGAUCUGGAACUGGAAAAUCAAGACGGCGAAAAAGUUGCCGUUGCGCAGUACGCAAAGGACGCUAAGAUUUUGGUUCUGUUCUUGUAUCCAAAAGCCUCGACUCCAGGAUGUACGCGUCAGGCAAUCGGGUUCAGAGACAAAGCCGAGGAAUUGAUUAAAUUAGGCGUCACUGUAGUGGGGCUUAGCUCAGACUCGCCUAAGGCACAGACUAAUUUUAAAACAAAGCAGCAAUUGCCCUACGAUUUGUGGUCUGACCCGUCAAAACAGCUGAUCGGGCUGCUUGGCGCUAAAAAACACCCUAGCGGCAUCGUCAGGUCAGACUUUAUUUUCAAGGAUGGAAUUCUGAGGGUCAAACGGGUCGGUAUCUCGCCAGAGAAGAGCUUCAAUGGUGCGAUCGAGCUAGUCAAGGGCCUCAGUGAGUGA